UCUGGCGGAGCAUAUCCACGACACAAAGUCUCGGACUUGUGAGGAUAACAUUUGUUGUCCGGAACGCAGACGACCCACGUCGCUCAAGGCAUCUCGGGGUUCUCCCGACUGCAUCGAAAGUUGUCGAUCGAAGAAGACGUUCGUCGCCGGAGAAGAUGGUUUCGGGAGUCAUCACCGCCCUUACGAGCCCUCCAUUCGCGACCUCCUCGAGGUCGUCGAGGUUCGCGGUCAGCGUCGAGAGGCCACCGGAGCUCCACCGCCGCCGUAGGGCUGCGGCUGUUCCGGCGGUGCGAUGCGACGCAAGCCCCGCGCUGCCUCUAUCCGAGGAGAGACUCGAAAAUGGUGCUGCCGUGACUGGUGGUGCGUAUGACUUUUCCAGAGCAACAACAUCACUUACUGGAAAAAUGCUGGAUUCGUCAAAGAAGGUCACUCUUGUUAGGCAUGGCCUCAGCUCUUGGAAUGAAGAAAGCAGAGUCCAGGGAAGCUCAAAUCUUUCUGUGCUAACAGAAACUGGGGUAAAGCAAGCUGAGAGGUGCAGGCAAGCCUUGUCAGAAAUGCACUUUGAUCAGUGUUUCUCAAGUCCAAUAUCCCGUGCGAAGACUACUGCGGAAGUCCUAUGGCAAGGAAGGGAAGAGCCAUUGAUUUUCCUGGAUUCACUGAAGGAGGCCCAUCUAUUUUUCCUUGAAGGAAUGAAAAAUGUUGAUGCUCGGGAGAUGUAUCCGAAGGAGUAUAUAACAUGGAGGGAGGAUCCGUCAAACUUUUGCGUGAAUGGUGUUUACCCUGUAAGGAAAUUGUGGGAGACAGCGAGAGAGGCUUGGAAGGAGAUCUUGCUAUCACCUGGGAAAGAUUUUCUGGUUGUGACCCACAAAUCAAUGUUGAGGGCACUGAUAUGUGUAGCUCUUGGUCUAGCGCCAGAGAGGUUCCGAGCGACAGAUAUUAAUAAUGGUGGGAUUUCUGUAUUUAGCUUCAACAAAAGAGGAGAAGCGAUGGUCCAGUCAUUGAACAUGACAACCCAUAUGUACGAUGAUCAUGUCUAUAUGUACUAGAAGUUCUCGGCAACCGCUCUUCUGUAUCCAAGCAUCAGGAAAAUGGCAAUGGCUGGAGCAGCAAGCACUUUAAUUUAUGCAUGACAAAGGGUUCACGACGUCCUGAAUCGUAUCAAGAAGAAGCGGGGCUUCAUCUUCUUUCUUCGGAUGUACACUUCGAUUAUGGUCGCUCUGAGAGUUGCAUGAGAGAUAGAAGCUUCCCUACUGCUGCAAUGAAGAAGCAGGGGCACUCAGAUCUCAAAGCUCGAUUAUCAUGCUCGAUUUGUAUCAUCUUUCCGUGUAUAUAUAUUUUAGUGUAAAAUGUAGCUUUUAUGAAUCUUUCUCGUGGUCAUACAGAGGAAAUUAAUAAGAGAAAGUUAGAGUAUGAUGGACCCCGUAACAUACAGCAACUAGUACAGGAUUGUGGAACUAAAAGAGUGUGUACUAUCCCUAGUUUAAUGAGUGAAAGGAAUAUGGUAAUUGCUUUUCGCUUAGACUA